UUUCCAUCUCUCCCCUCUCUCUCACCAAAAACCAUACAAAAAACUCAACCCCCAAAUUUUCAUUUCCACCAACUCAAAUUCAAUCCGAUUUUCCGAAACCAGAGCUUCGAUUUCUCCUUCUACGCUCCACACGCGCUCUUCAUAUCUGCUUCUCCUUUGCUGUUUCAAUUUUGGUUUCCGCGUCUGGGGCUGAGUUCGAAAGUGUUUGAUCAUACAUGGUGUCGGUAUACCGGAGUCCACCGCCGGAUCAGGAAUUUUCGCAUUUUCACGGUUUCUACGUGGGCGGUGAUCCCUUGAAAAUGCCGGAGGCGGAUGGAGGUGACGGUAAUCUGCUUCCGAUGGCCACGGAUGCGAAUACGGCCUCGGGUGUGGAUGAUCCGAAUAAGAAGAUCCGAAAGCCGUACACGAUCACGAAGUCCAGAGAGAGCUGGAGUGAGCAGGAGCAUGAUAAAUUUCUCGAAGCGCUUCAGCUAUUUGAUCGUGACUGGAAAAAGAUUGAAGCAUUUAUUGGGUCAAAGACAGUUAUCCAGAUACGCAGCCAUGCCCAGAAGUAUUUUCUGAAAGUCCAGAAGAACGGUACAAGCGAGCAUGUACCUCCCCCACGUCCAAAGAGAAAAGCAGCUCAUCCUUAUCCGCAGAAGGCCGCGAAAAAUGUUGUACCUCGAACCGGAGGUCCUGUGCAAUCUUCAGUUGCUAAAGUGGAGGCUGGAUACGCUGUAAGGCGCGAUCCCUUUUCAAUUCCCAGAAAUCCCAUCAACGGUUCACCUUUGUCUUCUUGGAGUUACAAUGUUGUGCCAGCAGGAUGUUUGUCAAAUGUUGCAAAAGAUGAUGUUGGAUUAGCUAGUGUUGCCCAUAAUUAUAGCAGCAGCAGCAAUGAUAGCACUCCAUGUGGAUGGAAAUCUAAUGAGAUGGAUCAUGAAGUUAAAGCGGGGCAAUGCAACACAGCAAGAGUUAUGCCAGAUUUUGCUCAAGUCUAUGGUUUCAUUGGUAGCGUCUUUGAUCCAACUGCAACUGAUCACUUGAAAAAACUAAGGAAAAUGGAGCCUAUAAAUGUUGAGACGGUGCUCAUGUUGAUGAAGAACCUCUGCGUCAAUUUGGUGACCCCUGAAUUUGAGGAUCAUGUGAGUGUUUAUUGUCAAUUUUUUUUCCCUAUUCUUCAGCUUUCACAUACUAGUACUUAUGAAAAAGUCCAGAACUUUUUUUUUUUGGACUUAUUUUAAGUGGAUCGAACUUUUCCCUCACGCCUGAUAUGCGUACAAGUACAACAUCAUACGUCUUGAUAACCCCAACAGGGAUCUGCUAGCUUAAAGUCUUGAGUGUGAUAUGCGGUAUCACCUUUCGAGUAGUAGUUUUAGUCUAUUGUGCCCUUAAUCAUUGAAUCACCUUGAUUGUUGACAGAGAAAGUUGCUCUCUUCGUACAAAGUGGCAACUGAAAAUGUCCGGGCUGGGAGUGAGAUCCGAUCUGCAUAGAGUUGUCGAAAAGCAUCAUCUGAAUCUGAACCUCAAGAGCUUGCUUAUCUUCCAAAUGGGGUCGUCUGGUGGAGAUGUUUCUGCUCGUUGCUCUGUGGCGGUUGCAGCCAUGGAUGACGGUGUGAUUGUAUGUACAUAACUGGCAUUUGGUGGUGGUUUUGAAACGCUGCCUUGUAUCGUAUGUCUGGAUAGCACGGCAGAAGUUUGUUAGCUUGACGCAGAGAAUGCUGAUUGAGUGGUGUUUUCAAAUGUUAGGAGUAGGUUUGCUAAAUUCAAAUUAUGUACAGUCUUGGCUUCUUCUUGUUUUUAAUCGAAAAGAUCGUUCAAUAUAAAUGUUUAUAUAAUAGUAUGAACUCGAUUUCAAGAUAAUUUCCAUGGAAAAAUGUUUUGAGUUGGA